AGUAAGAGACGAAGAAACGUUUGAGCAGUAGUGGGCGCGUUGCUGUUGGUGGUUCGCUGGUCUUUGCUUUCGCUCUGGACGACAUUUGGAAUAAACCUGUAAUAAGUGUUAUUGUUGCUGAACUCCGUGGCUGAGCCAUGAGUGAGUUUAGGAUACACCAUGAUGUGAACGAGUUGCUCAGCCUGCUUCAUGUACGAGGAGGUGAUGGAGCAGAGGGUUACAUAGACCUCUUACAGAAGCACAGGACACCAUAUGUGACCACCACAGUCUCUGCUCACAGCGCCAAGGUCAAACUAGCCGAAUUCUCCAAAACUCCUGAAGACUUCUUGAGGAAGUAUGACGAGCUCAAAUCCAAAAAUGUGCGCAACCUUGAUCCUCUGGUUUAUCUCCUCUCCAAGCUCUGUGAGGAUAAAGAGACACUUCAGUUUCUGCAACAGAAUGCAAAGGAACGGUCGGAAUCAUCUCCAAACACGACUUCAGCCACCACCAGUAGUUACACUGUACCACAGACCACCACCAAAAUGUCCAUGCAGGAACUGGAUGAGCUGCGAAAGAAACUCGGCAAUGUGGCGGCCAGCUCCAGCGCUCCAUUGUCUGCUGAAGUCACGCGGAAGAUGCUACGAGACAAGCACAACAAGAAGAACCCCACCCAGCCUAACCCUGUGUAUCCUAACUGGGUGUAUGAACGGCCUGCUCUCAUUGGAGACUUCAUCACCAGCUCCACUCCUCCAGGAGACCCAGCUGUGGCUGUCGGUACAAUGCCCCUGGCUGCUCAAGAACAAGCUUUGGUUGAGGAUUUGCUGUUUGUAUUGAUUGGAGUUGAUGGGAGAGAUAUCACAGCGCAGCCUGUACUGGGGAGGCAGAACCGCUCUUUCAUAGUGGAUCCAACAUUGGACAUGUCUGUCAAAGAGCUUGUAAAUAGAACAUUACCUGUUGCAUCAUAUUACUCCACUAUAACUCGUUUUAUUGAGGAGAAGUCAUCUUUUGAGUAUGGGCAGGUGAACCACGCCCUGACGGCAGCGAUGAGGACGCUGAUGAAGGAGUAUCUGAUCCUUGUCACUCAGCUAGAGCAUCUCCAGCGGCAGGACCUCCUGUCUCUGCAGAAACUCUGGUUCUACAUUCAACCCACCAUGAGGACCAUGGAGAUACUGGCGUCUAUUGCAUCCUCAGUAGACAAAGGAGAGUGCAUGGGAGGGUCAACCCUGAGCCUUCUCCAUGACAGAACCUUCAACUACACCGGUGACAGCCAGGCUCAGGAGCUGUGCCUCUAUCUCACUAAAGCAGCCAGCGUCCCCUACUUUGAAAUACUGGAGAAGUGGAUCUACAGGGGCAUCAUCAAGGAUCCGUACAGUGAGUUUAUGGUGGAAGAGCAUGAGCUGCAGAAAGAGAAGAUUCAGGAGGACUACAAUGACAAAUACUGGGAUCAACGAUACACCAUUGUACAGCAUCGGAUUCCUUCUUACCUACAGAAAAUGGCAGACAAAAUACUGAGUACAGGCAAAUACUUGAACGUUGUGCGAGAGUGUGGCCGUGAUGUGACCUGUCCUGAUGCGAAGGAGGUGUUGUACACGCUGAAAGAGAGGGCCUAUGUGGAACAGAUCGAGAAAGCCUACAACUAUGCCAGCAAAGUCCUCCUGGACUUCCUCAUGGAAGAGAAGGAACUGGUUUCACGCCUCAGGUCAAUUAAACACUACUUUUUAAUGGACAAAGGUGAUUUCUUUGUGCACUUCAUGGACCUGACAGAGGAAGAGUUGAAGAAACCAGUGGAUGAUAUUGUUCCUCCCAGGCUAGAAGCACUCCUGGAGCUGGCUCUGAGGAUGAGCACAGCCAACACAGACCCCUUUAAAGAUGAUCUCAAGAUUGAUUUGAUGCCCCAUGAUGUCAUCACUCAGCUGCUGCGGGUUCUCGCCAUCGAAACAAAACAGGAGAAGGCCAUAAUCAAUGCUGACUCGACAGACGUGGCCCUCAGCGGCCUUGAAGCCUUCUCCUUUGACUAUAUUGUCAAAUGGCCGCUCUCGCUCAUCAUCAAUAGGAAAGCGCUAACGAGAUACCAGAUGUUGUUCAGACACAUGUUUUAUUGCAAACAUGUCGAGAGGCUGCUGUGCAACAUUUGGAUCAGCAACAAAGAUUUCAAGCAGCAUUCCUUACAUUCUGCCAAAUGGUUUGCUGCAGCGUUUGCCCUCAGACAGCGCAUGCUGAAUUUUGUGCAGAACAUCCAGUACUAUAUGAUGUUUGAGGUGAUGGAGCCCACGUGGCACGUCAUGGAGAACAACCUGAAGACGGCGUCAAACAUUGAUGACGUUCUUUGUCACCACACCAGUUUCCUGGACAAUUGCCUGAAGGACUGCAUGCUGACCAACCCCGAGCUUCUUAAGAUCUUCUCCAGACUCAUGUCUGUCUGCGUCAAGUUCACCAACUGCAUGCAGCGGUUCGCUCAGAGUAUGAGGCUGGAGCGUCUCUCUCUUGCGCACAGGAGUGUGGAAGAGCCUCCCGCCCAGGCUAAAACCACUGAGGAAGCAGAGAACAAGAAGCUGACUACAAAGUUUUUAGCUGAACAUGGGGAUCCUGUCCAGUCAGACGCAGGCUUUGAAGCCACCAUCAGCAAGUUUGACAGUAACUUCAGCGUGUUGCUGCUGGACCUGCUGGACAAACUCAGCAUCUACAGUACCAACGACUGUGAGCACAGCAUGAUCAGCAUCAUCUACAGAUUGGAUUUCAACGGCUUCUACACCGAGCGCCUGGAGAGGAUGGCCAUAGAGAGGAGUCAGAAAGCUUCUGCCUAGCAUGUCUUUGUUUUCUGUAGAUACUAUAAAUGUUAUGUAGCAAUAAGACUGUCCCUUUCCUGGUCCAUUAAUGUAAUCCUGGAACCCCAGAUGAGUGUGUGUGUAUGUACAGAACAUAUGGGUGACAAAUGAAAAGGAAACCAAUGUAAAGUAUCUUAAUAAGGUACUGAGUCAUCAGAACAGCUUCCAUGCAGUUUGACAUGGCUUCUACAAGUCUGGAACUUCACUGAAGUAUCAGAACACCAUUCUUU